UGGCUCGUUUAAGCCAUAAAGGCCCAGACCCUCAGGCUUUCGAUGCUACCACAUACCCUUCUGUUAGACGAGACGUUUACAAUGUUGAUGUUGGUCUUCAACCCAUGCAACUAACAACGACGACAACAUUGUUCACUAUUUUGGAACUAGUCUAACCAGUCCGCCCGGUUUCUGCGAUCCCGUUGGUGUUUAUUUCGUCAUUUUUGGUCCCGUGCUAAUAAUCCCUGGCAUUUUCCAGAAGAUAAAUAUCACUCAUUAACCGUUGCCCGUUAAUCACCCCAUUCUUAAGCCUCGACUCCCGGUCCACCUGAGCACCAUUAUGACUCUUCAACCAGCAGCUUCUAUAAAAGCUAGCAGGGAGAAGGAUUCAUCUCCCGGAACGGGUGAGAAAAGUCAUACUACGACGGGUAGCUCCACAUCAACAAUCACAGAACCUAACGAAAAGGAGAUGGAAAACGAUUCAACCAAGAUCGAUGCAAAAUCGAAGAAGCGCAGUCUGUUUGGAUUUGGGAAGAAGAAGGCCGACCCUAAACCCGUCAACAAAUCUCCGUCCAGAUCCGCCUCGGGUGUAUCGAGUCCUCCGUCCAUAACAAGAGAUGUCCCUCAGAUGUCAUCGAAACGGUCGACGACCGGCUCGCCAAUUCAAGCCGGUAGUCCCAAUAUGACGCCAUCCUCGCCUAGCCGGGGCCUGUACUCGUCAUCUCCACGAUUGAGCUCCCCUGCUGGCUCUCAAAUAUUCGAGCGAGACGUUCAAGAGAGCGCUGUCAUCAUACCUAAUUCACCUGCAAUCCCGUCCCACAUACAAACCGAAAACUACAUCCCUCCCGUUCUCGACGCAUCCUCCGAAGCCAUCACGGAUAACCAUCUUAACCCUGACUCCGUCGAGAUCGUUACUCAUAAUGCGCACCAACCUGCAAGCGUGACAGUGACCGGUGCUUCUGCAUUCGAAACAUCGUCUAAUUCAUGGGCCGAGGACCUUGCUGCUUUCUCCGACAAAGAAGAAUCAGCCUCAAAUUACGGUUCGCUCGACUCUGCCGAUGUUCGACGUCUGAGCUUUAUAUCCUUUGCGGAUGUCGUCCAGGCCGAGCAGGUGCCCCCGAACAGCAGCCGGGACUCGAUGCACCUGGCCGGGUUAACCUCUAUCGGGUCGAGAGGAGUCAACCGAUCGCCGUCCCCGAUAAGAUCACCGGUAUCCUCGCAAGGACCGGAGACGUCGCCGCCGAAUAGCGUCUCCGGGUCUAUCAAGGGACUUAGCAUGUCACCUGUGAGAAGACCGCUUGGCAGCCCGACUUCUGCCGAACACAGCCUCUCGGUCAACGGGGACCUUAACAUAGAGACCAUGUCGCAAGCCCUGAGACGCACAGCUAGCACCGACCUCAGCGCUGCUCGGAGUCUCCCGGUCAGCCCGAUCGAGGGUCUUUCACGCUAAAUCGAGCCAAUAUAUCUAUCCAUUUGAGCUGGAAGAUAGCCAAGCUUAAGAAAACGCGACAUAUUUAAGGGGUGUGCCUCUUGGGUUCUAUAUCCCCGAAUUUUUUUUUCUUCUUUUGGGCGUGUU